AUGCGUGCAACCCUGGCGCCAAGCCUCGCUUCUGCGCUUCAGAUAGGAUUCUGUGCGGGGGUCUCAGCAACCCGAGACGUUCGGGAGUACCACACGACUAUGUUUUCAGCAACAGCAUUUCUUUCAGCAUCUGUUCAUACUCGGGGAUCCUGGCUUGGGAGCGAGAAAAAAUCCACUGUUUGGUGGAAAAGGGCCAACAGUGUAGCGGAGAGACGGCGUCGCUGCAGCGCGCUGCGUCUGAUCAUUUCGCCGGACCAGCGCACUGCGGAUCGCUCGGACCAACCCUCCUCAGACGGCAGCAGGGGUGUUACAGGCUCACCAACUGUGCGACGUCGGCGUACAAAGGACCCAUUUAAUCCGGAUUUCAAGGCGGCACCGCGCUUCCAAGAAAUCUACCCGUCCUCCGAGAAGGUGUACCGCGAGGUCGUCCACGAGCCCACGGGUGAACGCCUGCGUGUUCCGUUUCGGCGUAUAUACCUUACCAACGGAGAGCAUUUGGACGUCUAUGACACAUCGGGACCACAGGGGUACGACCCGCACGACGGUCUGCCGAAACUGCGUCAGAGGUGGAUAGAGCGGCGAGAGAAGCGCGGGGAUCCGUGCUUUACGCAACUAUACUACGCGCGCAAGGGCAUCAUCACCGAAGAGAUGCUCUUUGCUGCCGUACGCGAGAACGUUGAUCCAGAGUUUGUACGUCAAGAGGUUGCAGCUGGUCGGGCGAUCAUCCCGAGCAACAAAAAAGCGCUCGAACUGGAACCGAUGGUGGUUGGACCCAACUUCAGCGUCAAAGUGAAUGCGAAUUUCGGUAAUAGCGCCGUCGCAUCCAACAUCGAAGAUGAAGUCGAGAAACUCCAAUGGUCGGUGCUCUGGGGCGCCGACACGGUCAUGGACCUCAGCACCGGCGAGCACAUACCCCUGGUGCGCAACUGGAUCCUGCGCAACUCGCCCGUCCCGGUGGGCACUGUACCUAUCUACGAGGCACUGGAUAAGGUUGGCGGAGUCGUCGAGGAUCUCAACUGGGAGGUAUUCCGCGACACAGUCAUCGAGCAGGCCGAAGCCGGAGUGAGUUACUUCACGAUUCACGCCGGUGUUCGCCUGGCUUACAUUCCGCUCACAGCGCGUCGCUUGACAGGCAUUGUUUCGCGCGGCGGGUCCAUUCACGCCAAGUGGUGUAUCGCACAUCGCAAAGAGAACUUUGCCUAUGAGCACUGGGAUGAGCUCUGUGAAAUCAUGCGUCAAUACGACGUUGCGUUCUCCAUUGGUGACGGCCUACGUCCGGGAUGUAUCCACGAUGCCAACGACGAGGCCCAGUUCGCUGAGCUUAAAACACAAGGCGAGCUGACUCGUCGCGCUUGGGCGUUCGAUGUGCAAGUAAUGAACGAAGGACCAGGCCAUGUUCCGUUGCAUAAAAUCCCGGAGAACAUGGAAAAGCAGAAAAAGUGGUGCUCAAGCGAAGAUGGUUCCAUGGGACCGGCGCCCUUCUAUACGCUCGGCCCACUGGUCAUUGACCAUGCUGCUGGGCGUGAUCACAUCUCAAGCUGCAUCGGUGCAGCCAACAUCGCCAUGCAUGGAACUGCGUUGCUGUGCUAUGUGACUCCGAAGGAACACCUUGGCCUGCCCAACGCUGACGACGUGAAAGAGGGCUUGCUGGCCUAUCGAAUCGCUGCACAUGCAGCAAACCUGGCCAAGGGGUUACCAGGUGCCCAGGCUCGUGACGAUGCCAUCAGCAAGGCUCGAUUUGAAUUUCGCUGGAGCGAUCAGUUCAACCUUUCUCUGGCACCGCUUGAUGCGAAGCGCCAUCACGAUGAGGCGCUGCCGGCGGAGGCCGCCAAGUCUGCUCCUUUUUGCUCUAUGUGCUCGUAUGAUUUUUGUUCGAUGCGCAUCACGCAGGAUAUUCGCAAGUUUGCGGCUGAAAACGGUUAUGGAACGGGCAUCACGACUGGAAUGGAUGCGUUACCCAUCCACCCGCAUGAAUGUGAAUCUUUCGUGCAGGCGGAGAAUGAGCAUACCAAAUCACUCUAG